AUGCUUAAACAUUUAUAUUUUUUGUAUCCUUGGAGAGCCCAAUAUCUAUGCGGAAAUAGAAAAUUAUUUUAUUUUUUAAGUGGUUCAUGCUGCUAUAGGAGUGACAUAAAUAUAGAUAAGAUAAUAAAGGAAAAUAAAUAUGAGCACAUAAAAGAUUUGAGAAGUCAAGAGCUUCGAAUAUUAUCAGAGAAUUGUUGUGUGAAAAAAGUUAAUGAUGUAAUAAUAUGGAGUGAGAUAUCUCGACAUUCUAUAGAGAAAUAUAAUAGUUUUAAAUAUUUUGAUGCUUUAUUAUUAUUAUCAUCAUUUGAUAAAAUGAAUAUUGUAGAUAAGAGUUUAUAUAAGAUAUUUUCAGAUGUAUUUAUUAAACAGAUAUCUUAUUUACAACCUGAUCAUUUUAUUGUAUUAAUAAAUUUAUAUUGUAAAGCAAAUAUAUUUCCUCGUUUAUUAUUUAUAGAGAUAUUUCAUGGAAUUAUAAAAUAUUGUAAUAAAUUAUAUCCAGAUGAAUAUGUUAAUUUAUUAAUUUGUUUUGCUAACUUAAAAAUUGUAAAUAAAGAUCUUAUAAAAACAUUAUGUAAGAGUAUAAUAAAAAAUAUUAAUUUAUUUGAUUAUAUACAUUUAACAUGUAUAGUUGGUGCUUUAAGAUCUUUAGAAAUAACAGAUGAUGUAUUUUAUUAUGUAAUAGAUGAGAAACAAUUAAAAGAAUUAAAAUUCUUAACAGUGCAGGAAAUAUUUGAUCAUAUAAAAAAAAUAAAAUUAUUACAAUAUAGUUGGCAAUUAUAUGAGAAGGAUAUAAUGAAAGAAUUUUUAUCAAGACUUUAUAAUUUUAAAAAUGAAAAGGAUGUCGAUCAGUUAGAUGAUCCUUUUGUAUGUUUAAAUUUUUUAGUUUCAAAGGGAUAUCUAAAAAGUAAUAAUAAUAUUAAUAAUAAUAAUAAUAAUAAUAAUAAAAAUAAUAGUGAUGAUUAUAUUUGUCCUUAUGAUAAUUACAUUUUUGAUGGUUCUAAUUUUCUCGUGGCCUUAAGCAAAUGGUGUGCUAAUCAAGUAUAUCAGUAUCCUUCACGUUCAGCAAAAAGACCAUUAAGUUAUGAACUAAUAAAGUUAUAUGAGAUAAUGAAAGAAUAUAAUAUACAUAAUUUAGAUUUUAUUGAAAAAGCUAUAUAUCGUUUUGUUAUAACUAGAGGAGGUUUAGAAACCAAUAGAGAUAAAAUGUUUAAACCUACAUCUUAUCAGAAGGGUAGAAAAUAUAUAUAUACCAAAGAUCCUUUAAUUGAUUAUAUAAAUAAUGAAAAAAAUAAAGAACAGGAUUCUUAUUCUUAUACUCAUCAUGAUAAUAAUAAUAAUAAUAAUAAUGAUCACAUGCAAGAUAAUGAAAAGGAAAAUAUUCUUUAUCCUUAUUAUAUGAACAAUAAAAAUAUGGAAUAUCAAACACAUGAUCAACAUAACAUACAUGAAUACAAAACUUUAUCAGAAAAACAAAAAAGUAUUAAAUUAAGUAUGGAAAAAAAAACAGAAAAUAAAAAAACAACUCAUUCAAAUUCAAGAUAUUGCAAUUUUAAAUUAAGGCAAAGACCAAAAAGAGUAAAAAAUAAACCAGCCCCCAUACAAGCAUGA